UGUCAUCCCUCUGUCAGUGACUAUGGUGGGCAGUAUGGUUGAGAGGAUAGUAUGCAGCCAUGUCUUUUAUAUUUCCUCCAUUCUCAUCAAUCUGCACUUCCCCAAUUCCUUCGCGUCUUCAAAUUCCAAUUCUGAUCAUUUUCAUUGAGUUAAGCCUUCUUCAACAUGUUGUUCCCUGAUAUCAGCCAGAUCAACGUAGUAGCUAUUCUUGGAUCUUCAAUUCUUGUUUACUGCAUCUUGGGCGUUGUUUAUCGUCUCUACUUCCACCCGUUAUCCAAAUUCCCGGGUCCUAAAUUGCCUGCAGCUACCCAAUGGUCGGAGUUUUAUUAUGAAUGUAUUCAAUCAGGUCAAUAUUUCACCAAGAUUGAACAAUGGCACGAACAGUAUGGUAUGUCACUUGGCCAAAUAAUGCUUCAAAGUGUCAUAAAUAGUCAUACUGAUUACUUUGUUCAAGGUCCAAUUAUUAGAAUCGGACCAAAUGAGCUUCAUAUCGAUGACCCCGAGUACUACAAUACUCUAUUCUCGUAUGGUGGUGUGAGGAACAAAGAUCCUUUCUACACAGCACAGUUCAAUACGCCGGAUACUGGAUUUGGCUCCGUGGAUCACUAUGUUCAUCGAAUGAGAAGGUCUGCACUUAACCCAUUCUUCUCCAAAGCUUCGAUCGAUCGCCUAUCUCCCAUGUUAGUCGCUAUGGUAAGCUUGUUAUUCAUUACGGCGUUGCCAUUGAAGCUUACACCUCUUUCCGGUGACCGUUCUGUUGGUUCCUUCCUUUCCAUAAGAUACGAGCAACUACUGUGAACCUGUCUUGACAUUCAUACCUCUAUACAGGUCGAGAAACUCUCUUCACGCCUCGAAGAAUUUCGUGGCACGAACAAGCCGCUCACAAUUCGCCAUCCAUUUCAAUGUUACACCGCGGAUAUCAUGACACUUUACGCAACUAAUAGGUGUUGGAAUUAUCUCGAUGUAAUCCGCUCCCCUUUUCCUUUGAUAGUACCUCUAAUCCAAUCUUACAGGUGCCGGAUUUUAGCCCUGCUUGGGCGAAAACAUUUGUCGCUUUAGCCAUUGCAGGGAAAUGGUGUAAAUUCUUCCCCAAUAUGUACUCCCUGAUGGAAUAUACACCUCGCUGGAUUCUAAAAAGAUAUUCUCCGGGUGUCAUUCUCACGCUCGAUCACCAUGAUGUACCCUAUCUUCCCUUCUACCCUUCUUCUUCCCUUCCCUCCAUUACCACGCGCUAACACGAAUCUCCUGCAUAGAAAAUCCGCGCCCAAAUCAAAGAAGUCCUCUCAGACUCCAUCCUUCCAGUCGAUGCCGCAGUUGACGGUUUCCCACGUACAAUAUUCCAUAAUUUCCUCUCCUCUUCUUUACCAGAAAGUGAAAAGAGAUUUGGAAACAUGAGUCAAGAGGCUAUUAAUGUUAUAAACGCGGGCACGGAUACGGUCGCUAACACGCUGAUGACUUUGGUGUAUUAUCUUGCCGAUGAUAGGGUGAGAUGCGAGAAGUUGAGGGAUGAGUUGAGAGGUGCCGGGUUGGGCAGAGGAGAGGAAGGAAAAGGGGGUAAGAAGAGAGUUGAAUUGGAAAUGGUGGAGAAAUUGGUUUAUUUAGUGAGUGUACUGGUUCUUUUUGGGGUGGUUUUAGAGGGGAACUAUGGGAUUAACUUUUGAUAUUCAGAAUGCUUGCACUCUUGAAGGGCUGCGGUAAAUUACUCUACCAUGGAUCAAACAGAGAUAAAUAGCUAAACAAAACCAAAGACUUUCAUACGGCGUCUCAAGCAGACUAGUUCGCAGUGCACCCAACGAAAAUCUCAGAUAUGAAAAGUGGGAAAUUCCAGCCGGCGUAAGUUCCUCCUCGUGAUCCAAUCCUCCAGCUAUACUGACAUGAUUUUCCAAAAACAGACGCCCAUCGGAAUGAGCACUAUGCUUCAGCACCACAACGAAAAAUCUUCCCUCCUCCCACCAAUUUAUCCCGGAACGCUGGAUUCUACCCGAUGGUACUAUUGACCGUGCUCUAGAACGCUAUCUCACUGCUUUCUCCAGAGGCACGAGGAUUUGUAUCGGUCGAAUGUAUGUAUAUUUCAACAGCAGCUCAAAACGCCGUCUUACUUUCGUGAGCAUAAGCUAUAAGUCUUGUACCGCCACUGACACAAUCGUUUAGUCUAGCAAAAGUAGAAAUUCACCUAGCGCUGGCGGUUAUCAUCUCCAGAUUCAAUAUUCAGCUCUAUGAUACAGAGUUUGAUAGAGAUGUCAAGAUUAAACGAGAUUUUUUCCUGCCCCAGCCAGGGAGUGAUAGUAGAGGUGUAAGGGUUCUGUUGAGUUGAUUAUUGAAUCAUCUUAUCAAAUAAGUAGAUGGGGGUUUUUGUAGGAAGGGGAAUUUAAGUCUUGCUAGAUGGGAGACGGAAAACAUUCCUAACUUCCUUGAAAUUAGUCAAAAAAAAGUUACUGAGGAAAAGGAAAGUGUG